GUCAGCAGCGUCUUAUCGCUGCAGGUGAGACGCGCCACUGAGGAGCGGCUCAGAUGGUUUCCUGUCGGUCUGAGCAGAACCCCGCACUGAGCUUCCAGCUGCCUGAGAUGUUCUGGUUCUGUUGGACCUUCUCCGCGCUGCUGCUUUGCGGCGCGCGGCGCGUCGCGGCGGAGGAAUGCGGCGCAGCUUUCCGCUCCGGACGCGACAACUUUGUGCUGGACCUGAAGGACGCGGUGGGGGAUGGGGCGGCUCUGCUGGACACGCGGGCCGUGUCCGUGGAUGAGGACUGCCAGGACCACUGCUGCACCGAUCCACGCUGCAACCUGGCGCUGCUGAAGCCGCGUGACGAGAACGCGACAGAAAACACGCGCACUUGCAUACUGAUUGACUGUGUCCACAAAAACCGCUUCGUCUGUCGGUUUGUGAACCAGGCUGGAUACCAGAGCUACAUCAGAGAGAGCAUGUUCCAGAAAUACCUGCAGGCACCAGGUGAGCAGCCUCCGCCCAUCGCUAACGCAGGCCGCGAUGUUGUUGUCCAGCCUGGAGAGACGGUGACGCUGAACGGCACAGAGAGCGUGGCGCUGGGGAACGCCAAGAUCGCCACCUACCGCUGGAGUUUGCAGAGUGGAGACCGCAGUCUGAAGAUGGAGAACACGGACCUUCUGGACCAGCAGCGGCUCUCCAACCUCCAGCCGGGAUCCUACGUCCUGAAGUUGACCGUCACCGACUCCAACGGCCGGUCAGGCGAAGAUGAGGUCAGCGUCCUGGUCCUCAGCUCGGAGCUGUCCAGCUUACCGACUAGUUCCAGUACCGACUGGUUCCAGUACCGACUAGUUCCAGUACCGACUGGUUCCAAACAGAACCUGUUUUCCAAGGGAAUGUUUGAACGUUUGGGAACAGAUGAAGAUGUUGGGGAAUCGGGCUCUGUGGCGUUGGCCGUGGUUCUGGCGGUAGCCAUCUUGGCUCUGUUGGCCAUCCUGGGGUACUGCUUUUUUCGUCGGCGCAGAAAUCCCUCUAGCAGGCCCCCUGGACCCCCCCAUGUGGAGCUCUCUCAGGAAGACUCACUCGUCUACAACAGCACCACUAAACCAGCGUGAUGUCAUCACCUGUUUUCACCAUGGCAACCCUGCAGAUGUCUGUCUGAUUUUAUUCUUCUUUGACUUAAACAUUUUUUUUUUCUGGUUUAUGUUUCUGCUAUUUCCCAGUUUAUUUAUAACGUCUCUCAGUCCGGUCUGAGCGCCCUAGCCCGGCCUGAGCCGCCUAGCCCGGCCUGAGCACCCUAGCUCUGUCUAAGCAGCCUAGCCC